GUUACUAACUCAAAGAAAAUAUUAGCCUUGACAAUGAAUCUUGUUUUGGAUGAGUUGCACUAUUGGUGAAUACAUCCUUUUUUUGGUUUGAUCAGUAGAGAAAACCUUUCAUUUCUGGAAUACAGCUUCAAGCUGCUUACAACAAAGGGCCGUUUUCAAUUUAAUUUUUCCUUUGAGGAGGUGGGGGAUCGAGCUAUGAAAACAGUCUCUUGCAGAAAUGCAAGGUAAGACUGCGUAUAAUAGACCUUUGUGUUCCGGCCCUUCCCUGAACCCCACACAUAGUUAGUGCUCUGGCCUUUAUCAUCACUUGGAGGUUUAAUAAGUUGAUCAUCAGAAGAAACAUAUGGACAAAAAGUUGUUUUGACUUCUAAUUGCUAGUCACAAGGAGUACUCCUAAUUCUACAUAAUUGUACUUGGGUAUAAUUAGGAACUAAAAGAUGGUGCAGUUCUCUUCUAUUUUCACUGGCUUUACGAAAUCUAUAGCAAUCAGAAAUGGGAAGAAAAGUAAACAUGAUGACGGAAGGGAAACUGCAGAUGCACUGGCUAAAGAAGCUAAAAAGAACGAGAUGAUGUUAACGUCAUCUGGCUCUGUAGCUGGUGUCUCUCACAAUUUGGCUGCUGUUUUCUCCAAAGGAGGGAAGAAAGGUAUCAAUCAGGAUAGAUUUGUUGUGUGGGAGGAUUUUGGAUGCCAAGAUGACAUGACCUUCUGUGGGGUGUUCGAUGGGCAUGGUCCUUGGGGUCAUCUUGUUGCUAAAAGAGUUAGAAAACUGAUGCCACCAGCUUUGCUUCGUAAUUGGCAGAAACGGGUUGCCCACACCGUGGAUGGUACUGAUGGGACAUUGAUAGAUAGAAGUUGUUUCCAGUUUGACAUUUGGAAGCAAUCCUACUUUGAGACUUGCUCCAUCAUCGAUCAAGAACUCGAGCAGUAUGCUGACUCUUUCUACAGUGGUACCACAGCUUUGACGCUCGUUAGACAGGGUGAUCUGCUGGUGGUAGCAAACGUUGGAGAUUCUCGAGCUGUAUUGGCAACAACAGAUGAUGAUGGUAGAUUGGUAUCAGUUCAGCUCACCGUUGACCUCAAACCUAACUUACCUCGGGAAAGCGAGCGAAUAAUGCAGUCAAGAGGGAGAGUGUUGUCGUGCGAGGAUGAACCAGGGGUGUAUAGAGUGUGGAUGCCUACAGUUGAAGGGCCUGGAUUAGCAAUAUCAAGAGCGUUUGGUGAUUACUACAUAAAGGACUUUGGCCUCAUUUCUGAACCAGAAUUGACAUCCAGAAAAAUAACACAUAGAGAUCAGUUUGCCAUCUUGGCAACAGAUGGGGUUUGGGAUGUGAUGUCAAAUGAAGAAGCAGUGGAGAUAGUUUCAACAACAGAAGAGAGGGAAGAUGCAGCUAAGAGGCUGGUGGAAAGUGCUAUUUGUGCGUGGAAACGCAAACGAAGGGGUGUUCCCAUGGAUGAUAUCUCAGCAAUAUGCCUCUUCUUUCAUAACAUUCCUCUUUCAAAACAACAAGCUAAGAAUGUCUAAAAUUCAACAAGAAGCUUACAUGAACUACUAGCUGACUUUCAAUUGAUGCUUUUUCCUCUUUUUAAUUUUUUUUUUCAGUACUUGAUGGUUUGUACAUAGGUUCAUACAUUACAUAUAUAGGCUCUUCAUGUUUGCAACUAUAUUUCAAUCAGGCAUUGAAAUGUGAAAUCUUGAAAAUCAAAUCAGCUUCAAAG